AUGAUACGGUGCCCCUACAUCCAUGAGAUGCACGAACGCUUGAUAGGACCAACGCCGAGACGUCCACUGCCCAUAUCCUUUCCGCCGCUCGCCAAACCGGAAGUAAUGGACCGCGAAAGUGACUGCCUGCUCGAGAGCCGGCCCGAGGGCCGCCAGAUCGGCACCAUGGUGAAGCUUAAUCCCGAUGGGUUUGGGUCGCACACGACACCGACCCACCAUCGGGCGACCGGGCAUCACCAUCAUCAUCAUAAAGCAGCAUCACCACCACCGACAACAGUGCCUUGCAUCUUGGGGACCGACGACGACGACGACGAGCUGGGCGGCGGGCAGCAGCACCGCCGGCAGCUCCGGGCGCGCCCGCUGCACCUGCGGGCGGACGGGGCCGGCGGCACGACCGUCACCAGCACGAUCAGUGACUCGGACGACGAUGGCAUCCAUCUGCGGACGCACCUGCGCAAGAUCAUCGACGCCCGGAAGCCGAAAAACGCCAAAACUUCGCUCUUCAUCGUCACCAGCCUGGUCUACGCAAUGCUGCUAAUCGUCGUCUGCGUGGCGUACGUUAUCAGCGACGUCACGACGCACCAUCUGCCUGUGAUGUACUACGAGGGCUUCUUCACCUAUCUCUACGGCGCCAGCAUACUGUUCCUGCUGUACGUGUUCUGCUUCCUACUGCAAGAGAGUUCCUGCUGCAACGGAAAACCGAAACCACCGAAGGAGAAGAAGCCGAAGAAGGAGAAGAAAUCGAAGAAGGCGGCCACCGACCCGGAAGCAACCGGCAAGGACGGUAAGGACGGUAAGGACGCUGGCGGAGGUGCCGCAGCCAAGGAGAGUUCCGCCACCGCCACCGGCAAGGCAUCGAAAGAGGAGGCGAAGGGCAAGGGCGGCUCCACCAAGGCGAGCCCCUAUCAGGAGGUUUACCCGAAGAAGAAGCGCGAUCGGCUCCGCGAGAUGCAGCGCCAGGCGGCUACGGCAGCAGCGGCGGCGGCGUCAGCGGCGCAGCAGCAGCAGCAGCAGACCUCCCCGUCCCCGCCACAGCCGGAACCGAUCGCCGACCCAGAGGCGGCCCUUUCGCCACGCUUCAAGCGCAAAACGACCCAGGACCCAGCCCAUGGCAGCUUCUUCCUGCGUGUCGGUGCCAUCGCGUUCGGGCUCGGCACGAUGAUCUACACGGGGCUGGAGUUUGGUUCGUUCUUCGAGAUCCCGUUCACCUCGCCCUGCCACCAGAUACUGCGCGGUGUGAACCCGCUGCUCCAGAUGAUCUUCACCUUCAUGCAGAUGUACUUUAUCUUCAUGAACGCACGGCUCAACAUCCACCGGUUUAAGGUGCUGGCCCGCUUCGGUCUGAUGCACAUCGUGGCCACCAACAUCUGCGUGUGGAUCCGCACGCUGGUGCUGGAGUCGCUGAAGGAGAUCACGGCCUACCAUCGGCGCCGCGGCCCGGAACCGGAGGACUCGGCGAUCCUGGAGAACAUUCGCCAGCACACGCUGCGCAACGCGGGCAUGGUGAUGGGCACGGAGUUGGGCCCGGCCGGUGACACCGAGUGGGAGCCGAUCAGCGUGAACCUGCACGCGCACGAGGACUUCUCGUCGCCGGACGCCACCAGCAUGCUGUCGCGGAUCGUCCAGAGCACCAGCCGCACGCUGCUCGGUGCGGUCACCACGCUCGUGACCUCGACGAGCACCACGACAACGACGACGACGCGGCCGACACCGACGACAACGGCAUCGACCACGACGAGCACAUCCACCGUAACCACUACCGUCCGCGGGCUGUUGGACCGUUUGCGGGAAAUCGUCACGACGGAGUCUACAACUACGACUGCAGCGGCCAGUAACCAGCACCACAACCACUACGACCUGGGGCCCCAGCCUGAGGACCACUUCGACCGCGUCACCACCACCACCACCACCACGACCGGCAGUCCAUCGUUUCUGGAGUCGUUCGUCGAGCGCAUCAACUACCUGCAGCGCAACAACAGUCUCGAUCAGACGUACGAAAGUCUGGACGCCCUGUUUCCGUCCGCGUUCGUAGCCCCAUCGCAGGCCGCCGGAGUCGCCACCGCCACCAACUCGACCGCGGUCAGCUGCGGGCGGGUCAACAUCAUGGGCACGAUCGUGCAGGACUCGGCCCCGUACCUGUACCCGUUCAUCAUCGAGUACUCGCUGAUCGGGGCCGCCGUCAUCUACGUCAUGUGGAAGCACAUUGGCCGCUACCCCAAGUUCACGAAUGAGGAAGACCUGGAGCACCGGCUGGAGGUGAUGCUGUCGCGCCGGGCCGUCGUGAUGGCACAGCAGGCACGCACCGGGCGCGUCGACUGCGUCGGCGCCUCCAAGGGCCUGUUCUUCGGUUUGCUGCUACUGGUCGGUUCGCUCAUCUGCCUGAUCCUGUUCUUCGUGCUCGUCAGACACCCACAGCUGUCGCUGCUCGCCAUCUACCUAGCGGACGUGUCGCACUGUGCGCUGAUGGUGCUCGCCAUAUUCGCCAUCAUCAUCGGCUUCAUUCGUGUGCAGAACCUGAAGUUCCGGUGCGAGGAGCAGAGCAACCUGAACGAUAUCCUGCUGCGCAUCUCGGCGUUCGGGCUGUUCGUGUACUCGACGUUCAGCGUGAUCGCCGGCUCGUUGAACGCGCUCGAGAGCGAACCGAACCUGCUGGUGAUGGUGACCGGGGUCGUGGCCGUCGUCCAGGUCGUCAUCCAGCUGCUGUUCAUCGCGGACGUGUCGCGCCGCCGCGUGCACCUGCCGGAGCACGAUCGCAUCAAGCCGGGCCGCCAGAUCGUCACCUUCCUGCUGAUCUGCAACGUCUCCAUGUUCGCCAUCUACACGUUCGAGGCCCAGAAGGUGUUCGCCAACCCGGUUCAGCUGGACUUCUACGGUUUCAUCGCCUGGUCGCUGAUUCAACGCGUGACGCUGCCGCUCUGCAUCUUCCACCGGUUCCACAGUGCCGUUACGCUGGCCGAGGUCUGGAAGACGACCUACAAGGCACGGCUCGAGUAA